ACAAUUACAAUAUAAAAGUAAGAGAACACAAAAAAUGAUUGAAAGAAAUUAAACAAGUCAAUAAUUACAUAUCUAUUGAUCAUGGCUGAAAAUAAUGAUUUCGAUGUAACAAAUACAGAAAAAAAAUUUGACAAAGCUGCAAAAUAUGUACAAACCAUUGCAUCAGAACUAGAUUCUGAACAACUACUUAAUUUAUAUAGUUUAUAUAAACAAGCUACUAUUGGCCCAUGCAAUAUUCCCAAACCGAAUUGGUACCAAAUGCAAGCGAAACAAAAAUGGGUAGCAUGGAACAGUCUUGGUGAAAUGGAUCAGGAAACUGCAAUGAAUAAUUAUGUAUGUGCAUUGGCCAAAAUAAAUCCUUCUUGGGAAACAGAUGCAGUAACAGAAUCCCGUGCAUGGAUUACUGUUAGUAGAUUACCUAAUACAGAAAAAGAAUUACUUGAUACGGAUAAAACUUUUCUUGAUUGGAUAAAAGAAGGUAAUCAAGAAAAAGUACGAGAAAUUUUACUUAAAAAUUCUACCUUAACAAAUGUAUUGGAUAAAGAUGGUUUGUUACCGAUACACUGGGCAGCAGAUCGUGGACAUGUUGCAAUUAUUGAAUAUUUGAUACAGCAUGGUGCCAAUAUUAAUUCUCGAGAUAUUGAUGGGCAAACACCUUUACAUUAUGCAGCAUCUUGCGGACAUGUAGAUGUGGUUGAAUAUCUAAUUUCUAUGGGGGCUGAAUCUGUAGAAGAUAAUGAUGGUAUGAAACCAAAAGAUGUUGCUGAUGAAAAAGUGCUAGCUAUUCUUUAAUUAAAUGACUAUGUGUAUAAUUAAAUUGUACUGUAGUAAUAAUGAUUAUAUUCUUUAACUAUUC